UGAUUAAUCAAGAAAAGUGAACGGCCUUGAUGCAUUAGCAGCACAUUAUUUGACAGCACUAUCUGACAGCAUAACGUUACCCAAGUAAAACUCGCGAGAUUGAACGAGGGGAUAAGUUGAGGAAAUAUGGCGACGUCUAAUUUGUUAAAGAACAAAGGGUCCCUCCAGUUCGAGGACAAAUGGGAUUUGAUGCGGCCAAUUGUCCUGAAGCUGCUUCGUCAAGAGUCUGUGACCAAGCAGCAGUGGUUCGACCUGUUCUCAGAUGUCCAUGCCGUCUGCCUGUGGGAUGAUAAAGGUCCUGCAAAGAUCCACCAGGCACUGAAGGAGGACAUCUUAGAUUUUAUCAAGCAAGCUCAGGCCCGAGUACUCAGCCAUCAGGAUGACACUGCUCUGCUCAAGGCCUACAUUGUGGAGUGGAGGAAGUUCUUCACGCAGUGUGACAUCCUGCCCAAGCCUUUCUGCCAGCUGGAGAUCACUUUGAUGGGCAAGCAGGGCAGCAACAAGAAAUCUAAUGUGGAGGACAGUAUAGUGAGGAAGCUCAUGUUGGACACCUGGAAUGAAUCCAUCUUCUCGAACAUCAAGAACCGCUUACAGGACAGUGCCAUGAAACUGGUCCAUGCAGAGAGGCUAGGAGAGGCCUUCGAUUCACAGCUGGUCAUUGGGGUGCGGGAGUCAUAUGUGAAUCUGUGCUCCAACCCAGAGGACAAGCUGCAGAUCUACAGGGACAACUUUGAGAAGGCGUACCUGGACUCCACUGAGAGAUUCUACAGGACACAGGCACCCUCAUACCUGCAGCAGAAUGGCGUGCAGAAUUACAUGAAAUAUGCAGAUGCUAAGCUGAGGGAGGAGGAGAAACGUGCCCUUCGGUAUUUGGAGACGCGGCGUGAAUGUAACUCUGUCCAAGCACUUAUGGAAUGUUGUGUGAAUGCUCUUGUGACGUCCUUCAAAGAAACCAUUCUGGCAGAAUGUCCUGGCAUGAUAAAACGCAAUGAAACUGACAAGCUGCACCUGAUGUUCUCGCUCAUGGACAAAGUCCCCAGUGGAAUUGAACCCAUGCUCAAGGACCUGGAGGAACACAUCAUCAAUGCUGGACUAGCAGACAUGGUAGCUGCGGCUGAGACUAUUACUACUGACUCUGAGAAGUACGUGGAGCAGCUUCUCACUCUCUUUAACCGCUUCAGCAAAUUAGUGAAGGAGGCAUUUCAGGAUGACCCUAGGUUCCUGACAGCCAGAGACAAGGCAUACAAAGCUGUGGUUAAUGAUGCCACAAUAUUUAAGCUGGAACUGCCAACGAAACAGAAGGGGGUGGGCUUGAAAACACAGCCGGAGUCCAAGUGUCCAGAGCUGCUGGCCAACUACUGUGACAUGCUGCUGAGGAAGACUCCGCUCAGCAAGAAGCUCACCUCCGAGGAGAUAGAAUUAAAACUAAAGGAAGUGCUAUUGGUGUUGAAGUACGUCCAGAAUAAGGAUGUCUUCAUGCGGUAUCAUAAAGCCCAUUUAACGAGGCGUCUGAUCCUGGACAUCUCGGCAGACAGCGAGAUAGAGGAGAACAUGGUGGAGUGGCUCAGGGAAGUAGGUAUGCCUGCAGACUAUGUAAACAAGCUUGCCCGGAUGUUCCAGGAUAUCAAAGUGUCAGAGGAUCUCAACCAGGUCUUUAAGGAGGUGCAUAAACACAACAAAUUAGCAUUACCAGCGGACUCUGUCAACAUCAAGAUCCUGAAUGCGGGUGCGUGGUCACGAAGCUCGGAGAAGGUGUUUGUGUCUUUGCCGACAGAGCUGGAGGAUUUAAUCCCUGAGGUGGAGGAGUUCUACAAGAAGAACCACAGUGGCAGGAAGCUGCACUGGCACCACCUCAUGUCCAAUGGGAUUAUCACAUUCAAGAAUGAAGUGGGGCAGUAUGACCUGGAGGUGACCACUUUCCAGCUGGCUGUUCUCUUUGCCUGGAACCAAAGACCCCGAGAGAGGAUCAGUUUUGAGAACCUGAAACUGGCCACAGAGCUGCCGGAUGCAGAACUCAGGCGGACACUGUGGUCUCUUGUUGCCUUCCCAAAGCUGAAACGUCAAGUCCUGUCAUAUGAACCUCAAGUUGGCUCACCCAAAGACUUCACUGACAGCACGCUGUUUUUCGUCAACCAAGAGUUCUCCUUGAUAAAAAACUCCAAGGUUCAGAAGAGGGGCAAAAUCAACCUGAUCGGCCGUCUCCAGCUGACCACGGAGAGGAUGAGGGAAGAGGAGAACGAAGGCAUCGUCCAGCUGAGAAUAUUAAGGACGCAGGAAGCCAUCAUCCAGAUUAUGAAGAUGCGCAAGAAGAUCACCAACGCACAGCUGCAGACAGAACUGGUGGAGAUCCUGAAGAACAUGUUCCUGCCGCAGAAGAAGAUGAUCAAAGAGCAGAUCGAGUGGCUCAUCGAACACAAAUACAUCAAGCGGGACGAGACGGACAUUAAUACCUUCAUUUACAUGGCGUAGCGGAGACACAUUUGCAGACACUAAGGAAGAGAUUGACAACAACGAUGAUGAUGAUGAUGAUGAUGAUGACUUUGAUGAGAAGGAGGAGGGUGUUGCCGGUGGGGGGGUUCGUCCGUAGUAGGAGUGGGAUGCCUUCUGGACCCUGUACUAGCUGCCGGCCCCCUUGUCUGCACACAAAACGGGCUGGUUUUAAGAUCAACAGUCACAAUUCAUUAUAGCCAGAAGAAGAAAAAAAAACACAACAAAACAAUCCCUGCCUUAUGUUACAUUUUAACAAGAAAAAUGAACCAGGGGAUAAAUGUUUAACGAAAAAAAAAAGAUACACAAGUGAUGAUAAGAAUUUUAUUAUUAUUAUUUUUUUUUUUUUUUGCCAAUGGGUAGACAGGAUGCAUGGUGGGCAGUCGCCGUUUGUGUGUCUACAUCUUCUUCAGCAUGCUGUCUCUGGGGAGCCCCUUUCCGUUCAUCACAGGACUUGUCUGUGCAGUGUUUUGGACAAACGCCCCUGUUCCCCAUCCACAGGUCUCAGCUCCAUCCUACACCCCCUAAACCCCACCCCGCCCCACCCCGCCGCCGCCACCCAUCCAACCGCCUCCCCACACCCACCUGCCACGGCGCCACCUGUCCCAGCACACAUCCCAACACAAGCAGCACUGAAGAAGAAGAGCAAGCGCACCCCACCCGCUUUCCACCCACUGCCGAUGUCGCGGAGAAGAGCAACCCAUCAGCCUCCAACGUCACUCUGUUCCCAUGGAAAUAAAAAGAAAAAAAAAAAUACAGAAAACGACUUAGAUGAAAGCAUCAGCACUUUUCACUUGCUCACAGUAUGUCUGCAUGGCUUUCUUUGGCUUGUUUGUUUAUGUUUGUUUGUCAGUUUCAUCCCAUGCUUGUUUUUCCCCUUCAAGAUUUUCUUUGGUUUGUUUGUUUGAGUUCAUCAUUUGGUUGUUUGAUUUUUGCCAAUACUUGAUUGGUUAGCUGUGGGUGUGAAGUGCUUUAAGCAUCCUGGCGUACAAACUUCACUGAAGAUCUGCAGCCCCAAUGGCACAUCAUCAGACAGGGAGAGCCCUGUUUUCACACUGCUAAAGUUUUGUUUGUUUGAGUGUGAACUAGCUAUACAUUGUCAUUUGGGUUUAAUCCAAUGUCAAGGUCAGACAGAACGUUUAUCAUGGCAUAUUAACUGUUUUCGCUCUUAUUUGGGCUGAAACAGAGGUAGUUAUUCUGAAAUGGUUACAUGAACUUCUAUCAUCUGACGCUUCCCAGAGUGUGUGGUGUGAAGAUUGAGUACUCAUCUCAGACGCAAUGUGAAACUAAGUGUAUUGCCAAUUCUGCCUAUGUUGGAUAGCAACUGAGAGGUGAGGCCCCUGGCCAUUUGCUUGAUGAAAUGUUUGUUACAACUUUUAAGUUUUGCAUUGAAGAAAUAGAAAAUUCCAAGUGGAACUGAGGUUUGUGGUGGCACUGAGUUUAAGUGACUGAACUGCAUCACAGAAAUGUUUAAUAACACCAGUAACACAGUGAUUACAUUCAACCUUGGUACGAGAUGGAGCAACUGUUGACGUGGUUAGCAAAAGAAGGAAAAGAAAGCACUUGUGAACCUAACAGCAGAUGUAUCGGAAGUGGUGCAUAGAGUUUGGAAGAGUUACUGCCUGUCACUUUGAUGAGCAAUGUGGAGCUUCUCCUGUCACCGGUUUAUGCCCUUGUGUGGUCACACAUUGCCAAAGUAAAAUUUUGCAUAGUCACAUAAUUUCUAUAGAUUACGUGGAGGAUGGCCUAUGCCAGCGUGCGUUCACUAAUCUUAGUCAUUUUAUGACAAUUUUUUAGAUGUUUCCUUAUUCAUCUUGUCUUGUGUAACUCAUCCCAGUCAAGCUACAAUCAUUUAAGGAGGAAGUAGCCAUUGUUAUCCACCAAGUUUCAAUGUCCCAGAUUUAAGAGAUGUAAAUUCCAUUGGGAUUUCUUUCCUGGUUAUUUAUUUGUUAUUUAUGCCAGAAUAUAUGUGUGAUUGAAUGUUUGAUAAAGAAUGAGUGUAGCCUUUACUACAUGUUGCCUCUUAGGGUUGUACAUAAUAACUUUGAAUUUGUUUCAAUGAAAAAAGGUUGGGAAGGUUGCAACACUAUUUCUUGCAUUUCGCAGAGGUCUUUUUGUCUCACCAAUGAUAACAAAAGUGACAUGUUCCUGUGUGUCGGUGAGAGAAAAGAUGACAACCUUUGUUCUAAUUGUCAUAAAUAUCAAUGCAGAAGUUCA